AUGUAAAUUACUUAAACCCAGUUAUUAGAAUGGGUUAAGGAUGGAGAUAUUAAUACUUUGAAGAAACAUUUUGAAGACUAACUGAAGUUUGCACAUUAAAAAUUGUCUGGAUUUUUUAAAAUGGUUGAUGAUUAGAAUAGAAGUGUGGUUCAUUGGGCAGCUUAUUUAGGCUAAUAUAAAUUGCUGAAAUGGUGGUGUAAGGAAUAUAAAGAGCUUAUUGAUUUGAAUAAGGGUGAUUUACAUUUAUAUACUCCACUGGAACUAGCUAGUAUCAAAGGGUAUGCGAUCAAGUUUAUUCCUUAGAUAUUCUGGAGAAUACAAUUUGGAAAAUCAAGAGAAAACAAUAAGGUUGCUGGUCGAAAAUGGAGCAUAAAUACCCUCUUAAUGUAGUUAUAAGCCAAAUCCACUGCAUUGGGCUUGUUAUUACGGCAAUAAAGAAUUAGUGGAUUUUUUGAUCGCAGAAAAUUUCAAUUUGUAAUUGGAAACAGAGUAAUAAGGAAAUUUUCCUAUAGAUUAUUUGUUCUUAGACAAUAAACCAGAGUCAUAUAAGUAUGAUAAUUUUAUGGAUAAUUUAGGAAAGACGUUUGGGAUAUCUUCUAAAACGUUGUCAUUAAUUAUGCAUAGGUAACUUCAAAAGAAGAGCUAAAGAGGAAGUUAAAAAAAAGAAAAUAGCGUAAAGCACAAACGACAAUCGCAUCCUAAAUUCCAUUGAUAUAAGUGAAUAAAGAUGAUGAGGAGGAAUCAUCUCCUGAAUCAGAACCAUCUAGAUAUGAAAUACCUUGUUUAAAUAUCUCAAAUAUUAAUAGAAGUUAUGCUUCAAUUUCAUAGAUAUCUAAAAAUACAAAUUUUAAAAGCCUUUAAAAAACGCCUAAUAAUUAAUUAGUCUUAAAAUCUUAACCAAGAACUGGAUGUUAAAGAAUUUAAUAGAAGUUUUUAGAAGAGAUUGCUGACAUUCCAUUAUUUGAUGAUUCUCAAAAUGAAAUGAAGGAACCAGAGGAAGAAAAGAUACCUGAAAUAAGAGUAUUUAAUUCUAGGAAUACUAAUAAUAGUAAAAUAUUCACAGAAGCAAAUUAAGAUGACUUACUUCAUGUUCAGCAAUACACUUCUAAUAAUAAUCAACCAACAUUGAUAGAACCAAAUUUUGACUUGCCUCAACCAAAACGAAAACAUCACAAAGGUAAAAAAUAGAAAACUACAAUCAUAUUUAAUAAUGAUGAUGAUUUAGAAAAUGGAUCAAGGGAAAAGUAUUUCAUACACAAUAGUAAAGCUGUUUUGACUAUUAAUUAAAAAUAUGAAUGUAGACUCUAAUAUUGGUCAUCCAGAUAAGGGAUACAAGACUUCUUUAUUUAUUUUCUCAAAAGAAAAUGCAAUCCUUUUCUCAAUAUAUAUUAAGGAUUCAACUGUUUACACAUUGCAGCAUACAAAGGAAAACCAAAAAUGAUAAAAACGAUUCUAGAAAAUGACUACGAAUAUUAUGAUAGUUCAGAAGGAACAAGCAGUAAAGCUAAAAAGAAACUCAAAAAUAUGAAAUUUAAUAAAGUAAUAAAUUUUAAGCUAUUAGUCUAAGAGAGAAUGCAUCAACAUACUCACUGAUUAAAAUCCAUCUAAUGCUCUUCAUCUAGCUAUUGAAUAAGAAAAAUAUCAUUGCAUGAAAACAUUAAUAUCUCAUGGAAUAUCAGUGGAUGCCGUCAAUAGUAGGUGCUUAAAACCAUUUGAAUUAACUUAUAAUUCUAAAUUUAUGGAAUUCUACGAAGAAAAUAUCUAAGUUAAGUAACAAAUAAAAAGUUUGGCAGAACUAGGAUAUUAAUAUGUAAUUUAGACCAAAGGAACUUCAAGUGUGGGAUAGGAUAUAGUGUUUUUGCAAUUACAAAAUAUUGGAUAAACCUUUAAAGAAAGAGGGUGGAGUUUCGAAUUCUUGAUUUUUCAUGCUCCUAAUCUGGAUGAAUUGGAAUUGUAUAAAGAAAAUGUGCAUAAUAAAAGAGUUCAACCAUUAUAUCAUUUCUAUGUAUUGAAAUUACCUCCAGAUUCAAUUUACAGAUUGGCAGAUCUCUAUUAGAUAUCUUGUUAUAAUUUUCAAACAAAAGUAAAUUCUAUCAAGAUUUAAUUAGUGUAUAUGUUAAUUCAAAUAUGAAAAGAGCAGGUUUUUUGAAUUUCCUAAAGACUUACAAGUGUAAAUGUUGAUUUUAAAAACUUUGAACGAUGAAUUUGAUGUUGAAAAAUUCGUAUUGGAAUAGUUAAUUAUAUCUCAUUUUCCAUUAGAAGAUAAAAAAAAAUGUGAAAAAAUUACUCAAUUUUGGAAUGAACAGCAAAAUAAUUGCAUUCGCGAUUCUUUAAGAUACGAAACAUAAUAAAUAGCUUUAAGGCCAUUGCAUGCAAUAUCAUCAUAUUUUGGUCCAGUAAUCGCUUGGUAUAUUGCAUUGAAUGUUCAAAUCAUAGGUUGGUUGAUGAUUCCUUCUCUUUUUGGAGCAGCUUUGGGAAUUUAUAUAAUAAUUAUUGAAUAAGUAAAGUAAAAAUUGAAAGUAUAUAAGUUCAUCCAUCGUGCCGUUCUAUGCAUUGUUAAUGACUCUAUGGUAGACGUUGUUUAUGGAGAAGUGGAAGAAUAGGGAGUCAGAAUUGAAGUUUUGUUGGGACAUGCAUAAAUUCAAACAGACUCAACCAUAAAGGGUUAUGUAUACAGGAUAAUAUAUUAUUGACGAAGCAACCAAUAAAAUUCAAAUCUAUGAUUAUUUCACUACUUUUAAAAGGAGAUUAAUAGCAGAGGGGCCUGUGAUUUUAAUAGGGAUUGCAAUAAUCGUAUUGAGUUUCUAUGCUUUUAAUAUUUGGUUAAAAGAAAACUCAAAUGAUCCUUUCAUGACCGUAGUUAUUAAUUCUUUGAAUGGAGUAUCUAUGAUUGUUUUUUGUGAUUUAUAUAAGAGACUAUGCAAAUCAUUGGUGACUUGGGAAAAUCAUAUGUAUGAAACAGAAUAGGAAUACUCCUACAUUUUGAAAGUUUUUCUGUUUGAAUUUCUAAUAUCUUACGUUUCGGUUGUAUAUGUGGCAAUAUUUGAAAGUGAUGCAAACUCGUUAAGUGUAUCAGUCGCAAGUAUUAUCAUAACAAGAGGAGUAAUUUCAAAUGUAAAAAGUAAUUUAAUACCCUUUGCCAUUUUUAAAUUGGAAAAGCGAUCAUUUAUAAAAUUAUUUUCUGAGUUCAAAUUAAUAUUCUCAAGAAAAAUAUAAGAAAAAAAGAAUAUACCAAAAAUCUGUAACUAAGUAUUUUCAUCAGAGAAACUAACACAUGAUUAAUAACUAUUUUUCUUGUAAGAGUUAGAAAUGAGUAGGAUAAAAGGCCCUUAAAAAGUAUUAUAUGAUGAAUACACAAAUAUUGCUAUAUAAUUUGGAUACACCACAAUGUUUGCUCCAACAUUCCCAGCAGCCCCCUUAUUUUUCAUGAUAAAUUGUUACAUCAAUUUAAGAUCAUCAAUAUACAAUUAUUAGCACAUUUUAAAAAGAGAGAGAGCUUAGGCAGCCGAUUCAAUUGGUAUUUGGUUAUAUAUAUUUGAAAUAAUGAAUUAUUCUUCUACCUUCAUGAAUUGUAUCGUUAUUGGGACUGUAAAUAAAGAACAAUUUAGAGGUAUCAUUGGAAAUCAGGAUGCAUUGUAUAGUGCUUUUUUUUUAGCUGCCGUAGAACAUAUAUUAUUAUUAAUCAAAUACAUAUUAGAUGUUUCAAUCCCUGAUACUCCUUGUUGGGUAGAAAGGGAACUACGAAGGCAACUACAUUUAGAAUUAUACUCUGAAUAAAUUAAUAAAUGA